AUGAACGAAGUCCGACUCGGGAAGCAGUAUCGGAAAACAUGGCGGCCAAGGCGCUCCGGCAGCGAACCAGGCGAGGAAGCAGACAAGAUGCAAACAACGUGAACGUCCCCGCCGAGGCCCGGCCAGCGAAAGAGGAGAAAGGUGGAGAUGAGAGUAAAACCACAGAGCCUCGACAAGAGUCAAUAAGUCGUGGAGGGCAGGUGUGGGCUCCAGAAGGUUCAACUGCAUUCAAAUGCCUGCUCUCUGCACGUUUCUGUGCAGCUUUGCUCAGCAACAUCUCAGACUGCGAUGAAACCUUCAACUACUGGGAGCCCAUGCACUACCUGCUGUACGGCACAGGGAUGCAAACAUGGGAAUACUCUCCACUGUAUGCCAUCAGGUCAUACGCUUACUUAUGGCUACAUGCUCUUCCUGCUUGUUUGCAUGCCCAUGUUCUACAGACAAACAAGGUGUUGGUGUUCUACUUUGUACGAUGUGUCUUAGCAUUCUCCUGCUGUGUCUGCGAACUCUAUUUCUACAAGGCGGUUUGUAAGAAGUUCGGUUUGCAUGUGGGCCGUCUGAUGUUGGCAUUCCUCGUCCUGAGCACAGGAAUGUUCUGCUCGUCUGCAGCCUUCCUGCCUUCCUCUUUCUGCAUGUACACAACGCUGGUUGCCAUGACAGGAUGGUUUCAGGACUCAACCCCGUUAGCCAUUACGGGUGUGGCUGCCGGUGCCAUCGUUGGAUGGCCGUUCUCUGCUCUGAUUGGGCUCCCGAUUGCCUUCGACCUGCUGGUGUUAAAGAGGCAGUGGAAAAGUUUUAUCACCUGGUCUGCUGUUGCUCUGCUUCUGCUUCUGGUACCCCUAGUGGCAGUGGACUCUUUCUUUUAUGGCAAAUUGGUCAUUGCUCCACUCAAUAUUCUACUUUAUAAUGUCUUCACACCACAUGGUCCAGAUCUUUAUGGUACAGAGCCGUGGCAUUUCUAUUUUGCCAAUGGGACCCUGAACUUCAACCUGGUGUUUGUUCUGGCACUGUUUUCUCUUCCACUCACUGCUCUCAUGGAGACACUGUUACAUAAGUUCAAUGUGCAGAACCUGGGCCGUCCAUACUGGCUGACUUUGUCUCCGAUGUACCUGUGGAUGUUGGUUUUCUUCACCAGACCUCAUAAAGAAGAGCGUUUUCUCUUUCCCAUCUACCCUCUUAUCUGCCUCAGCGGGGCAGUAGCCCUUUCCUCUCUACAGAAAUGCUACCACUUCCUGUUCCAGCGGUACCGACUGGAACACUACACAGUCUCCUCCAACUGGUUGGCUCUAAGCGCAGUCGUGGUCUUCACAGUGCUGUCACUGUCUCGCUCUGUCGCCCUUUUCAAAGGCUACCAUGCCCCUCUGGACCUGUACCCAGAGUUCCACCGCAUCGCCAAGGAUCCCACUCUUCACUCAGUCCCUGAAGGGAGACCUGUUACUGUGUGUGUGGGCAAAGAGUGGUACCGCUUCCCAAGCAGCUUCCUUCUACCGCACAACUGGCAACUGCACUUCAUUCAGUCUGAGUUUAAAGGGCAGCUGCCUCAGCCAUACGCCUCUGGUCCACUGGCCACGCAAAUCAUCCCGGCUCAUAUGAAUGACCAAAACCUGGAGGAGCCAACCAGAUAUACGGAUAUACGGCAGUGCCACUACUUAGUUGACCUGGACACAGAUGAAGAGACGCCACUUGAGCCACGUUAUUCAGCCAACAAAGAGGAGUGGAACAUCAUUGCCUAUAAGCCUUUCCUUCAAACAUCAAGGUCAUCUUCUCUCUUCAGAGCAUUCUACAUCCCAUUUAUAUCAGACCAUCACACCACCUACAGACGCUAUGUCAUCUUGAAACCAAGGCGGCAAAAGCAGCCUCGUAAGCGGACCCAUGGCUGACCUUUGAACCUCAACCUGGCCCUAAAUACAAAAUAUUAACAACAGAAAUCAAUCACUUCCCCUCCAAACAGCUGGUAUUUGUGUGUGUGUGUGUGUGUGUGUGUGCCUGUGUGAUUGUUGGGCACGUGUGGAUGCAUGUGUUUUGAAGUAUUUGUCUCAUGAAACAAGAUAUCAGACCCUUUAAGGACAUUAUGUCUGCUUUUGGGCUUGUGUGUGUGUGAAGAGAUGUAUGUAUUGUAUGUAUGCAGGCGUGCUUGGCAGGUAUCAGCUGAACCUGUAUGUCAACAUUUUAUCUCAACUUGCGUGUGUGUGUUUGUCUGUGUGUAAACGAAUGUCUUAGAGUGGAUGCACACUACAAGAUUUCACAUGUAUUUAACCCAGGACAUGACAUUACACACAAAUAAGUGUUUUCUUUGUCAUACUUCACUUGAAAAUGUGGCCUGAAUAGAAGAUUUUUUUGUGAAUAAUUAAUUGAAAGAAGUCUUGUAGUGUUUGCUUAUCCGCACUUGAACAGUAUCUCAUUGUGUGCUGUGUCGGGUGUGAGUGGUGGAGAUGAACGAAAGCGUGGUUGCGUUAUUAAUUUAACUUGGAAUGUUAAUAAAAACAUGAUUGACUACGAA